AUGUCAUUGGCGGCUGCCCCAACGGGACCUCCUGAUGCUAAGCGCUUCAAGAUGAGUCUCCCCACACAGGUGGUGGUUGUUGAAGAAAGCAAUGAGACCGAAGAAUCGGCAGUCGUUGGUGAAGAAAGCCCGGGAGCCCCAUCAUCGGCACGGAGCUCAAAUCCGGCUCUGGAUGAAGAUGAGGAAGAAAGUGGUGAUGAACAAAAUAUCGAUGAAGAUCAUCUACCAGUCAUCGACUCAACUCAUCUCCAAUCACAUGGUGCCUCUUGGCCAGAGGAGGAAACGUCGAUAAAUACGGGGAAUUUGAUGGAAUUCAUCUCGAAAAACUUGUUGGCCAGCAAUUUUAAAAUGGAAGAUGGGAAUAUGAGAUGUGCAUCAGCAUCUCGGUGUGGUUCUCUUUCCGGUGUUUCUCCAGCUCCUCUUGAUGGCCUCUCUUCUCCCAGAAGAAGUUCCCCUCCUCCAUCGGUGGGCUCAGGGCUUCCAGGGUCCAAAGUGGUCGCACAAUCUCCUGUUGCGCAAUUGUUCGCCCAAAAUGAUUGGAGCUGGCACCGAAAUCCGGCGGCAGCGAUUCGAAGUGGAGGCACAAAUAAGCAAACGCCCGUAUGGAAAUACUUUGUCUACAACAAAGCUGAGAAUCUCUCGAGAUGUAUCGUCGGUGAUUGUACCUAUCAAUUGAAAGGUCCACACACAUCAACUCUUGCUUGUCAUCUCAAAAAACACCCGCUUGAGUAUUCGGAAUUUCAGAAACUCAAAGUGGAUUACACUUCAACUCGACCACAGCCAUCUAUUCGGCCUCAAAUGGAUUACCCAAGAGAUCGAACAAACGGCCAACUACCUCCAUCACCAUCUUCAUCAGCCUCAAGUGCUACUUCAUCUGGUGGUAGUGCAGGCAAUGGCGCUUUGAAAAUGGAAGAAAGGAAGCCAAAAGAAAAGAACACUCAAGCCAACAAAAAUAUAAGCAACAUUGUUGAUGCAUUGAAUCGACAAGCAGCAGCCGCCGCUCAAGCUCAAGCACAAGUAGCCAAUAUUGGACCACAAAGUCUAAUGGGAGGGAUGGGAGGAAUGGGAGGACUUGGCCUUCUUCAUCCAGCACUACCACCACCAGGCUUCCCAUUUUUAUUGAAUCCAGCUGCAAUUCCAACUUCUACAAACAAUCUCAAUUUUGCACAACAGUUCUUGCAACAACAGCAAAAUGUACUCAAUAAUAUGGUGGUUUCGAAUAAUGGUAAUCUGCUCACAAACAAGAAAUGGAGAAAAGAGGAGCGGAAACAAAAAGAAUUGGAGACACGUCUUGCUUUGAUGCUUUCUGCCAGUCAUAUUGAGUCGAAAAUUGUGAAUAACACCUUUUUCAGAGAUUUCAUGGAGCUUUCUCAACCAAAAUUCAACAUUCCCGACGAUCCGCUUAUAAUCGAAAAGAUGAUCUCAAGCGAAUGGUCGAAAGUAUCAACUACACUAAAGACACAUUUGGGAUUGGCUCGUCGAAUCACGAUUCUCGUUGAUAUCAUCAAGACACCAUCACGAAAUGGAGAGGAUGAAUGUAUGCGAGUUUGCGUUGCGGCUGCUUAUCUGGCCGUUCCCACGAAUAAACUCGAUUGGGCACUUUUGGCUGUUCGUUCUAUAUUUAUGGGCGAUAAGUAUUCGGUGUCGAUCCGAGACACAAUCAAACAGGUGAUUGAUGAAUAUGAAGUGCCAAUGGAAAGAGUUGGUCGGAUUUUGAUCUCGAUUCCCGAUGGUAUCGAGUUUCCUUUGCAAGGCAAAGAAACUCAGCCACUACUACCCAAAUUGAUGCAUCAUUUGGCUGCCAUCAUUGAAGCAUCACCAAGAAUCGAGGCAUUGCGAUGCUCAUUUUAUGGAAUGCUUUACUCAUUCAUCAGUCGACCACAUCUCUUCCAAACACUUCAAAAAAUGACUGAAGAACCACUUUCAUUAACACUUUCCGAUCCUUUCCCUGUCCUUGCUGAUAUUGUGAUUCGAUUGAAGAAAGAAAUGAUCACAAUAAUGAGACAGGAAGAAGAUUGCACAGAUCAACUCACUGAGCAACAAUGGCAAGAAUUGGAAACAUUGGUUUCAUUGUACAAUCAACUGAGUGCUCGACUUGAUGGAGCACCAAAUGGACAAAUUGCCACCAUUGAUGGAGUUGUUCCCUCGGUGAUGCAACUUGCACUCACUCUUGAUAAAGAUAUGGGAAUUCUCGGUGAUCUGGCCGUCGAGUUGUCAAAAGCAUUGAAAGAUGGAGCAUCAGUUGUACUUGAUCCACAACAUCCGAAUUUCGAUGGAUCUUUUCUUCAAGCUACAGCUCUCAAUCCCCAAUUAGCUCUUCUGCUGGAUGAUAUUCAAAUUGCUUAUGCAAAAGAGGCUAUCGAAAAGGCGGUACAAGAAAAGAUGAGACAACAUGAAGAAGCGAAUGGGAGAAGACAAAAAGCACCAUUGGGUGUGGAUGCUCUACUCGCAUCUGUCCUUGAAAGAAAACAAAGUGUUGAUGCAGAGAUUGGCGAUCAAAUAAUGAAUGGAAUGAACAGUUCGGCUUCUCUUUAUCCGGAUCUUCUACAAGUUGCUCAACAAAAGCGAACACAAGACAUGAAGCCACCAAUAAAGAAUCGUUUUGCCGAAGCGCUUGUCAAUGCAUAUUUCGAUGAGAUUCUUUCACCAGUGCAAAAUGAGAGUGGAAGUCUCGGUGGGCGGCCAUUUUCCGGUCGACACCUUCCCCCACUCGCUUUUUGGGCAUCAAAUGCACCGCAUGCAGCUCCUCUUGCCGAUGUCGCCACUACACAACUCUCAACUCUUGCCUUCACACUCACCCCCGAGAGAAUUUUCAGUGGAAACGGAAUGGAUAUCCCGGUGGCUGGGGUAAGUUUUGAUGCAGCUGGCCUUCCAUUGGAGAAUGAACGUUUUGAGAGAGAUGUCCUUCUUCGUUACAACAAGCAUUUUAUUUCUCGCACGCCGUCUCUU